AAGGUACAGGACGUUGCACCAAACAUAAACUCUAAAAUAAAAUGAGGAGGAAUGAAGGAGUAGAAUUUUAUAAUAGGGCAUUGUUGAUGGAAAAAAAAGCAAUAACAAUAGUUGGCAAGCAAAGUGUGAUCUUGAUGCUUAUAAACAGGAAAAAUGUAGUAAUAAUUUCUCUUACUUGUGUGUAAAGUGGAUUUCAAAGUCUCUGUGUGUAAUUGCUUUUAGAAUCCUCCACUCAGCUUUCCUCUUCAAUCCUCCUUCAAAAAAAAACCUAGAGAGAGAGAGAGAAAAGAAAAGAAGAUUCUGAUCCUGAUUCAUCAAAAGGAAAGUUAGUACAAAUUUGAAAGACACAGAUUUUGGAAAAGAAAAAACUUCUAUUACCUCAUCAUAAUAAUCUCUUUUUCUGUUUUUUCAACUUACAUAAUCAUUUCACCUACACAAAUCUGACUUUCUUUCAAACACCUUAUCUUCAUGGAUCUUUCUUAGUCAUCGUACUUCCUUGGCGAAAACUAAAGUUCUUUUUACAUUGAAGAAAAAUGGCGCAGACUGAGCUACCUACCUCCAAAGGCCAAGCAUGGUUUUGUACUACAGGAUUACCCAGUGAUAUCAUUAUCGAAGUUGAAGAUAUGACAUUUCAUCUUCACAAGUUUCCCCUGAUGUCAAAAAGUAGAAAGCUUCAUGAGAUGAUAACAGAGGAAGAGACAAAGGCAAAUAGCAGUAAAAUCCAAAAACUUGCUGCACGAGACAAGGACGGUGAUGGUGACGAGGAGAUUGAAGAAGAAGAUGAGGAAAAUGAGGAGGACCAGCAGUGCUGUAUUUCGCUCCCUGAUUUCCCGGGCGGUUCAGAGACAUUUGAGGCAGCUGCCAAGUUCUGUUACGGUGUGAAAAUCGAGCUAUCUGCAUCGAAUGUUGCUCCACUGCGCUGUGCUGGUGAAUACUUGGAUAUGACUGAAGAGUACUCUGAGGAUAAUCUUAUUUCCAAGACGGAGAGGUUUCUUUCACAGACUGUGCUAAAGAGUAUUAAGGAUUCCAUUAGGACCCUAAACUCGUGCAAGAACAUUUUGCCGUUAGCAGAAACACUCGGCAUUGUUCAGAGAUGCAUUGAUGCCGUUGCUGUUAGAGCUUCAGCUGCGGAUCCGUCUCUCUUUGGCUGGCCGGUGAAUGACGGAGCUGGUAAUGGCGUUGAAGCGAAUACUCGUCGUAGAGGUGCCAACAAAGGCGGUGGUAUGGAUUCAUGGUUCGAAGAGCUAGGACACUUGAGUUUGCCUUUGUUCAAGCGUUUGAUUUCCGCAAUGAAAGCUAGAGAUUUGAUUUCUGAGGUCAUCGAGAGUUGUCUAAUGUACUAUGCAAAGAAGUACAUUCCAGGAAUUUCACGGUCGAAUAGGAAGACAUCAUCAUCAUCUUCGAUACCAUCGGAGAACGAACAGAGAGAGCUUUUGGAGACUAUAAUUACUAACCUCCCUGAAGAAACUAGCUCAAGAACUUCAACUACUAUACGGAUUCUCUUCGGCUUAUUGAGAACAGCUAACAUACUAAAUGCUUCGGAAGCUGCUCGAGCUGCACUGGAGAGGAAAAUCGGAUCUCAACUGGAACACGCGACGUUGGACGAUCUUCUCAUUCCGAGCUAUUCUUAUCUGAAUGAAACGUUAUAUGACGUUGCUUGUGUGGAGAGAAUACUAGGAUAUUUUUUGAAUGGAUUGGAACAGAGGUCGAGUGCUAGAAUUCAAGGCGAAGAAGAGAACAUCAGUGUCAGAUCCGCGGUGUUAAUGUUAGUCGGAAAGUUAAUCGAUGGUUAUUUAUCAGAAAUAGCUUCUGAUAAUAACUUGUUACCGGAAAAAUUCUGCGAAUUAGCUGUUGCAUUGCCUGACCAAGCAAGACUUUUCGAUGAUGGCCUUUACAGAGCUGUGGAUGUGUAUCUCAAGGCACAUCCAUGGAUAUCAGAGGCGGAUAGGGAGCAAAUAUGCGGGGUAAUGGAUUGCCAGAAGCUAACACUAGAGGCGUGUACACACGCAGCUCAGAACGAACGGCUUCCUCUCAGAGCCGUAGUUCAGGUACUGUUCUUCGAGCAACUCCAGCUCCGGCAAGCAAUUGCCGGAACUCUUAUGGUCGCGGACGUUCCUCCUGGAGAAAUCCCGCGGCUGUCCGGCCGCGGGGAAGGAGACGUUGAAGGUGGAGAGCAAGAGCAAACGACAGGAGUAGUUGGAGUGGCACAUGCACAGGAAGGAAGUAGCACGUGGAGGAAAACAGUGAGAGAGAAUCAAGUGCUACGCUUGGAUAUGGAUAGCAUGAGGACGCGAGUUCAAGAACUGGAACGAGAAUGCUCUACAAUGAAGAAAGCUAUACAAAAGAUAGACAAAGUAGGCAAACACAGCAGCGGUGGCAACAGCAACGGCAGCAGAGAAGGAGGAGGCGGGUGGAGAAAGAAGUUAGGGUGUAAAUUCAAGACGCAAGUGUGUGACUCGCAUGAGCCAACGGUUGUGGAGGCAAGGAAAGGACGGGGCCAUCGUCACCAUCAAUAAAACCAAAUAAGAAACAAAUCAACUUCUGUCUUCUACCUAAUGGUUUCUACUUUUAGUUCUAAAUUAUAUAUCUGUUGUGACGUAAUUGAGAAAUUUGUUUAUUUUCCAACUUAUUCUUUAGUGAACAGAUUCUUUUUUGUUUGUAAGUUGCUAUAUCUCAAUGAUAAUUAAGGAAAACCAUGGUGGUUAAGAAGUCGCAGUUGAACGGUAA